AUGAGUUCUGAAGAGCACGAGUCACGGAAGGACCAUAACAAUUUAAAGGAAUCCAUGAAAAUCAAGUACUGUUCAUCUCAGGUCAUUCAAGAGAAGAAAAAUGAUCCCAAGAUUUUGGGAUCUCAAAAAAGAACAACUGAGAUACCUAAUACCCAAGAGCCAAGAAUCCAUUCUUCUAACCAAACUCAACAAUUCUGGAUGACUCUCCCAACAAAAAUAAUCAAAAUAACCAUCUUGGGGGUAAAUGAACAGAAAGAUAUACAGAUUAACAUCAAUAUGGAGACAGGCAGCUUAUAUGAGGUACUGCACAAGCUGGACCCUCUCAAAAGAGAGAUAGAAAUCCAGCCAGGCAAAGAAAUGCUGGUGUGUAGCAUAGAAGGAAUAGAGGGGUACAUAAACCUUGGCAUGCCCCUCCGUUGUAUUCCAGAAGGCAGCCAUAUGGUCAUUAAAUUUUCUAAAACUGAAAGUAAAGAGAAAGAAAAUAACCAAGUGUUUGGCUGCAUUGACCAGUCAUCUGCUGAGUGUGUUGUAUUUUACAUCCAUGCAGUCGGGAAUAGGGAGCAAAGAAUUCUGAAGUGCAGGGAGCUUCACGAGGAGGGCACCAAACUCUGUGUGUAUGGCUUCAAAGGAGAGACCAUCAAGGCCACCCUGAGGAAAGAUGGCAGGUUUCAGUGCUUUGUAGAGAGUGACCAUUGGAAACUCAUUAAUAAUGACACCAUCAUAGCAAACACGCAGCCAGUAGAUGCAUUAGAGGGCAAGCUCUUCCAGAUUGAGGUUGAGAUCAAUAAGAGCACUUGGGCAGCAGUAGCCACUCAGACUUCUCAGUUAGAGGACAGAAGCUUUAGUGUGUUGGAAGGAUACAUUGUGGAUAAGUAUCCCACACUGAUAGGAGAACGUGAGAAAAUCAGAGCAUACAUUGAGGGGGAAAGUAAAAAUAGGAAAGGAGGGUCACUUUUUAACAUCCAUAGAAGGGAGUUCAGGAAACUGACCAAAAACUCUACUCCAGCUAAUGUAGUUACAAUGGUUUCACAGUUCAUUCCCUCAGUUGGCCUCAUAGUUUGGGACAAUAAUGGACACAGAGGUAGUGCUACUUGCUUUGUUUUUAGAGGGUUAUACAUAUUCACUUGUCGGCAUGUGUUAAAUGACAUUGUGGGAGAAGGGAUAGACCCACUUGCGUGUACAGACCUAAUUAGUCAAUGUGUGAGGGUGACAUUUGCUUAUGACUAUUGUAAAGAGAUGAGCUCGGACAGCUAUUUUGGCAUUGAACCUUGGUUUGAGAUAUCUGAUAUAACUCUUGACUACUGUGUCCUGAAACUGAAGGAAAAUGGACAACAAGUACCUGCUGGACUGUACAAUGGAAUAUCUACUGCAAUUCCCAGUGGGUUAAUCUGUAUGAUUGGCUAUAGAAAUGGACAACAGAAGUUUAGUGAUGCUUGUACAGUGAUCCCUCAAGGUAAACAGAAAGAGAAAGAUCAGCAAUGGGUUCAUGGAACAGCAACAGCAGGUCAAGGCCAUCCCUUUCAGUACCUCCACAUGUACACUCAGAGAAGUUUCCAAAAUAUGACUGAUAACCCUAAUGAUGUUACCUAUAAUACUUUUUAUUGUGGGUCUUCUGGAUCUCCAGUGUUUGACUGUAAAGGUUCUCUGGUGGCCAUGAAUACUGUUGGCUUCUCUUGUGUGUAUGAACAUAGAGAUUAUAAUAUUGUGGAAUUUGGCACAAGAAUGGAACACAUCCUUGCUGAUAUUAAGCAAAAACAUGAAUUGUGGUAUAAUGAAGUUUGUGUAUAUCAGCAGGAUGUAGAAAUGUGUAGUGUAGACUUUUAG